AUGAUCCCCACUACUAGCCAGAACCAUAAAACCAAUAUACCCUCAACCCCUCCUCAACAACCAACAACACCACAAUAUACCCACACAGAUUACUCCGAAUCCCCUCAAAUCAAAAUGGUCUACACUAUCGUUGUUCACCUCUACGCCAAGGACGAUGAGGAGUCCCUCAAGAAGCUCACCGCCAAGCUGAUUGAGGCUAGCCGCGUCUACUCUCAGGACAAGGAGACCCUGUCGUGGCACGUUAUGCAGUCCACCUCUGACAAGCGCGCCUUUACCAUUGUUGAGCGAUACGAGCAGGAGAGCAGCCAAAAGUACCACCUCGAGAACCCUUACUGGAAGACUUUCGACCCUUACGUCAUUCCUCUCCUGGAGAAGCCCAUGGACUUGCGACGAUUUGAGGAGCUUGACACUAGCAAGGACGUCGAGGUUCCUCAAUAG